UCCCUGCUCAACCAAUUACUGAUCACAUUUCUGAGGCAAAGGUAUAAUUUAUUGCAUAGAGGGGAGGUAUUAAGGCCAUUUGAAGCUUGAGGCCAAAUCUGCUCACAUUUUCUCUUAAAAGUUGCUAAAAUAGAGAAAAUGAUUUAAGAUCAUAACUGAUGAUGACUAACAGCUGAUUGAUUAACAGCAAAAUGAUGAGUAUAUUUAAAAAAAUAGGUAUAAAGUUGUAAAAAAAAAUGUAAAUAAAGUAAAAACAGAGGUGAAAGUGAUGGAUAAAUGUCCGCGUGAGAGUCCAUGUGCCACAGCGCGCUCCGUUCCAGUCCUCCUGCCUCCGCGCUCUCCCUUUGCGCGCCGUGCGCUCACGGGGAGUCCGUUCUCUCGCGCAGUUGCAUCACCUCUCUCUUCAUUUCCUUGUUCUCCCUCCGCUUUUAAAGUCCAUCAUUAGCGGGAUUUACCAGCUGAUACUGCCGAGGGACGAAGCUGGAGGGUUUGAGGCGAUGUGCCUCUGUCUCCGUGUCUGAUUGGAGCGAGAGAAAAUGAUGUCAGACGACCGCAUGCGCUCCGGAUUGGAGAGAGCGGAGUAAACAAAGCCGCGAGGAGGAGAAGGACAGGUCUCCACAUCUCCAGACGGUCCGACCGCGCACACAACUUUACGCAGAAGGGAGGGCGGCCCGGCGGCGCUUGCUCGCUCACUUGCUUGUACGCUGAAGGCUGAAAGUUCUCUGACCGUGUCACGGUAAUUGGUGACGCUCUGUCGAGACUUUUCGAAAAGAUCAAGGGGACCAAGUGCCGGACUGUGCGCAGCUUUAAUAUCUAUUUAGAACUCAACUUUUAGAAAAUAAAUAAGAUCGUUCGCCAACAGUUUUCAGGUUUAUCUCUGCGUGCGCGCAGUCAUGUCACUGAAGUUCAGCAACUGCAGGGAGACGCAUCGGCGAUGUAGUCCGGUGCUGUAAAGAAAGUUCAAGUUUAGCUCCAAUUUUGCGAGUUAGACAGUCUGGAGACCGAACUGCAGAACAGUCAAAGAGCGCGUCAAGACAAAACAUUCGGGACACUUGGAGGUGCGUCUGUGCCACCUCCCGGCCAGGUGUCCCGCCGAGCGGUGCGCAACCUCCAGCUCAGGCCGGCUCUGCUGACAUGCUGCCCAAAGUCGAGACUGAAACCUUGGGACUCUCUCGAUCGUAUGGGGAACAGGGGCACAUGCCAAGGAACAUGCAAGCCCCCCAAUUGAAAAUGAUGGACUACUCUUAUGACGAAGACCUGGACGAGAUGUGCCCCGUGUGUGGAGACAAGGUUUCAGGGUAUCACUACGGACUCUUGACUUGCGAAAGCUGCAAGGGCUUCUUCAAGCGCACCGUCCAGAACAACAAGCGUUACACUUGUAUAGAGAACCAGAGCUGCCAGAUUGACAAGACCCAGAGAAAGCGCUGCCCGUACUGUCGCUUUCAGAAGUGCCUCACGGUCGGCAUGAAACUAGAAGCUGUGCGGGCCGAUCGCAUGCGUGGCGGUCGCAACAAGUUUGGCCCCAUGUACAAACGUGACCGCGCCCUCAAGCAGCAGAAGAAGGCGCUGAUCCGAGCGAACGGCCUGAAGAUCGAGGCCAUGAGCCAGGUGAUGCAGGCCGUGCCCACCGACCUCACCAUCUCCUCGGCCAUUCAGAACAUCCACUCUGCGGCCUCCAAAGGCCUCCCGCUGACCCACCACACUGGCCACCACAGCAGUCACCACCACCAUCACCACCACCACCACCAUCAUCCCACCGCCCUUCCCCCAACAGACUACGACCGAAGCCCGUUUGUCACUUCCCCGGUCAGCAUGGCAAUGCCGCCGCACGCCGGCAGCCUGCAGGGCUAUCAGGCGGCCUACGGACACUUUCAGAGCACGCGCACCAUCAAGUCAGAGUAUCCAGACCCGUACACCAGCUCUCCAGAGUCCAUCAUGGGCUACGCUUACGUUGACGCCUACCAGUCAGGCUCUCCGCCCAGCUUUCCACAUCUGAUCGUAGAGCUGCUAAAGUGUGAGCCGGACGAGCCGCAGGUCCAGGCUAAGAUCCUGGCGUAUCUACAGCAGGAGCAGGCCAGCCGAGGCAAGCACGAGAAGCUCAACACGUUUGGCCUGAUGUGCAAGAUGGCCGACCAAACACUCUUCUCCAUUGUAGAAUGGGCGCGCAGCAGCAUAUUCUUCCGUGAACUCAAGGUGGACGACCAGAUGAAGCUGCUGCAGAACUGUUGGAGCGAGCUCCUCAUUCUUGACCACGUUUUCCGGCAGGUGGUGCAUGCAAAGGAGGGCUCCAUACUGCUAGUGACAGGCCAGCAGGUGGAUUAUGGGGUUAUAGCUUCACAGGCAGGAGCCACCCUCAACAAUCUGUUGAGUCACGCACAAGAGUUAGUUGCAAAACUCCGUUCCCUGCAGCUGGACCAACGGGAGUUUGUUUGCCUCAAGUUUCUGGUCCUCUUCAGCUUGGAUGUAAAGAACCUGGAGAACUUUCACUUGGUAGAAAGCGUCCAGGAGCAGGUGAACGCUGCACUGCUGGACUACGUCAUGUGUAACUACCCGCAGCAAACGGACAAGUUUGGCCAGUUGCUCCUGCGGCUACCAGAGAUCAGAGCCAUCAGCCUGCAGGCCGAAGAAUACCUUUACUACAAACAUCUCAACGGCGACGUGCCCUGCAACAACUUGCUGAUUGAAAUGUUGCACGCUAAAAGAGCUUAAACCCUCAAAUUUCCCUGCAGCUUCAAGGACGUUUGGGGAUUAUUUCCCGCCCAUUUAUCCAACACAACUCUUUCAUCGAACCAAAACUUCAACUCACAUGUGACUAUUAAAAAAUCCUGACUUGGGAGUGUCCUCAUUUUGAUGAACUUGAGGUGCAGAUUUGGAGACUCCUCUUACCUAAAAAAUAAUCAACAAGAAAAGUUGCUCUCAGAAAAAGGGAAUUUUGAAGCAAACUGCAUUGACACAUGAAACAAUCUGCACAGACUAUCAGAUUGCCGUGCUUUAACGCUGAACAAUUAGCAGCUCCAACUUGAAGCACACGGGACUUUCUGUGCUGAGAACGGAAGCCAAAUAACACUGCCCAUCGUUGAGACAGCUUUGUGGGCCAUCUUCAUGUGUGUCGUCCCACUGAAAGUCAGCUGUUGUCGGUACUGUAAAGUCAAACGGACCUGCAGGCAAACAGGCAAGAAACUCUAAACUAUCACGUGUCUGUUUUUCAAACUCCUACAGGAUGUCUGCUGCGACAUCUUCAACCCAUCUGACAUGAAAGGACCUAAAAAAGGUCUUAAAAAAGGACACUUAAUAGAUCAAAAUGCUUAAUAGGCUUGUAUGAAGAGGACAUGUUUUGUGAAUGAAGACAUUUGCUUACCAUGAUCACCUCGUUGUUCCCGUUUGUUAUUCCAGCCUCCUCGUCCGCCGCCUGUAUCGUCUUUAACCACGUACCUCAAAAAGACCAGUGUUAGAUGCAUUUAAUUCACUUCUGGAUCAGAAAAAUGUAUUUAUAUCCCAUUCUUCUCUGCAAAAAACACCUUUGCUUUUUAUUAUCUCAUAACAACUGGAACAAAACUGAGAGUGAGGACAGAGAAGGACGGAUGCUGCCCUUUCUCUGAGAAGACCAAAGCCUGCUGCAGAACAGUGGAAGGAAAUAAUUAAUACCUUAAUAAUCAGUGUUAUAAGAGGAAAAAAAAAUUGUGAUGUCACAGUUAUGUGAGUCUUGCCUUAUUUCAUUGCCAUGCUAGCUAGCAGUGCAGAUGUGAAUGAAAAUAUGUACAAAUAUAAUAUAUAUUAAGUAUUAAUGUUGUAAAAAAUUAAAAAAAAGGUAAUUCUACAGGUGUUUACAUUCAUACGGUCAUAUGGGAGAGAACUGUGAUGAAGCAUUAAUUGCAAAGCAAUGAUUUCUUAAAAAAUAUGAAAUCAAUGACCUGAAGAAAAAAAAUGUUUCUUUUCUUGGGGUUGUGUGUAUUGGGGUUUUUUUCUCUCCUUGUUUAUUUUUUUGAACAGUACAUAAUUUAUGUCGUGAGACACUAAAAUCAAAAAAGGAAUCUCACUUUGAAUAUUAAUUACUGUGUCAGCUGGCAUUUAAACAUUUGUUUUUUGAGCAUUACUGUGUAAGGAUUCUGUGUCACUUAGCAUUUGUUUUGCCUCUUUGUUUUUUUUUCUUUUUUUAUUUACAAUUUUUAAGACUUUUUCAAUGUACAGUAUGUCAAUGGUUGCGCUUAAUAAUGAAGAUAAUUUAUUGCAUUGCUAGGUCUACUUCUUUGUGUUACAUGACAUGAAGUGUCUAUGCCAGAAUAAAUUUGUUUACUGUAGCAUGCUC